CCUUGCACUAGACUCUGGCCCCUUUAUGUCAGCAAAUAUGGCGUCACUGUUGUUUGCCAGCGGGAGAUUUGCCAAGACAGCUGGCAGCUCACUUCCACUACGCAAAGCCCCGCUCUUUUGACUCUCUCUCUCUCUCUCUAUCUCUCUCCUUCCCCCUCACUCCACCCACUUCGAGUCCUUCAGCUGCUUUCUUUUGGCUUGGACAUCUAUCAGCUCUUCUCCUUCAAAUAUCGUUUGCUCGCAGUGUUCUCCGAUCCAUCAACGCCUCAUCGCCCAGCAUACCGCAAACAAUCCUUUUGUGCGUAUCAUCCACCAUCGUGUCUUCGGGGCAAUACAAAAGCCACCGGUAGCACAGCGGAGAUCGCACAGUAUUCACGACGCAGCUUGCUGCCCGCGUUGAGCACCGCCACCUCCUCUAACACUUCCAGUCUUUCUGAAGAUGCUUUUGAUUCCCACAGUCAACCUGGCUCACGGCGGGAAGUUCUUUUUCCAUGUUCCUAUGGUCGUAUGUAGGUCGCGACUCGCGACCAGGUCGAAGUUCCUGUGAAAAACAGAGUCAACGGACGGUUCAAAAGUGUGGCCUGCGCUUUUUUUCUCAUUUGCAGAGAGUGUACAUAGGACCUCUCUGCAGCCAGUCUGCCCAGACUGUGAAAGAUCGAGUCAGCCGUCGAUCUGAAAGUGAGGCGGCUUGCGCUUUCCCCCUCAUUUACGGAGAGUGUACAUAG